AUGAAGGUGCCACAAAAGAAGAAACGAAUCAUCCUUGUGGGGGUGCUGUCCUUGUGUCUGUUGACACUGAUCCUUGGCCUAGGCCUGGGUCUGGGUCUAGAGCUACAGUCGUGCCGAGACCAAGUGGCGCCACAGACGUCAUGCAAGAAUCGCUGCUACCAGCCGUACAACGGCGACAUCCCCGGUUGCAGGUGUGACAGCGCCUGCGGGGACAGCGGAACCUGUUGCCACGACUACCACGACCUCUGCCAAGCCCCCGGCCAGCUGUGGGAAUGCACACGUCUGCGCUGCGGCGAGACCAGGCUGGAGACCAGCAGGUGUCACUGUUCUGACGACUGCGUCGCAAAUUUCGACUGCUGCAGCAACUACCGACACAUCUGCCAGGGACAAACGGAAUGGGUGGAGGACGAGUGUGACGAUCUAUCAAGCCCUUCAUGUCCACCGGGCUUCCAGCGCCAGCCGCUGCUUCUGGUGUCACUGGACGGUCUGAGAGCUGACUACCUGCAUAUUUGGAGCACACUCAUCCCGGUCCUCAACAAACUAAAGACGUGUGGAACAUCGACUCCGUACAUGCAGGCGGCUUUUCCCAGCAAGACCUUCCCCAACCACUACAGCAUUGUCACGGGUCUGUACCCCGAGUCCAAUGGUUUGAUCGACAACGUCAUGUACGAUCCGGUGAUGGACGCCAUCUUCACGUUGUCGGGUCCCGAGAAGGAGAACCCGGACUGGUACCUGGGACAGCCGAUUUGGCACACGGCAAAAUACCAGGGACUGAAGUCCGGGACCUUCUUCUGGCCCGGGUCAGACGUGAAAAUAAACGGCAGCUUCCCAGAUAUCCACCGGCCCUAUGACGGGAAGGUCCCCUUUGAGGAGCGAGUUCUGACGGUGCUCAAGUGGCUCCAGCUGCCAGACCAGCAGAGACCUGACUUCUACACGCUGUACCUGGAGGAACCCGACAAAUCGGGACACAGCUUUGGUCCCGUCAGCGGGGGGGUUGCACAGGCCAUAAAAGGCGUGGACAAGAUGAUGGGUCAGCUGAUGAACGGACUCAAGCAGAUCGGACUUCACCGAUGCGUCAAUGUCAUCGUGGUUGCCGAUCACGGCAUGGAGGAGACGAGCUGUGACAGGAAGGAGAACCUAGAGGAGCUUGUGGGAGACGUUGGCGACUACAUGGUCACCGAGGGACCCGUUGGCCGCAUCCGGGCUAGCAAUAAUAAUAACCACUUGGACGCGGCCGGGCUCGUGGCUAACAUGACGUGUAAGAGAGCAAGGCAGAAGCUGCGCCCCUACCUUAAGUGGCAUCUGCCCAAGCGUCUUCACUAUGCCAGCAGCCGCCGCAUCGAGGACAUCAACAUACUAGUGGAGCCGAAAUGGCUGUUUGAGAGGCGUCCGGGUUCUCUUCGUUUCUGUUCGGGCGGCCAGCACGGCUACGACAACGACGUGGCUAGCAUGCAUGCCAUGUUUGUCGCUCACGGGCCAAAGUUUAUGGCCGGCGCAGAAUUUGAACCCUUCGCCAACAUCGAGCUCUACAACCUCAUGUGCGACGUGCUGCAGAUUUCACCGGCUGCCAACAACGGGACGCACGGCAGCCUGAACCACAUGCUGCGACAGCCCUUUUACUCGCCGCUGCCCCCGGAGGAGCAGAGUGCACCUGACCAGUGUGGCCUCAGCAGCCUGCUGCCUGAAGAACCUCUGGGCUGUUCCUGCAAAAACAUGAGCGAAGACGCAGUGAAGGCCGCCAACCGUCGCCUUAACAUGACGGCGGAUCAAGAGACAGAGUCCCGGCACAAUCACCUGCCAUUCGGCCGUCCUCGUUCGCUGCAGCCCGAUGAGCCAUACUGCCUCCUGCACCAUGAGGCGUUCAUCAGUGCCUACAGUCGCCGACUGAAGAUGGCGCUAUGGAGCUCCUUCACUGUCCAAGCUACGAAUGACUCAGACCCGGUGUUGCCCGCACAACCGGGCUGCUUGCGGGCCGACGUGCGAAUCCCGCCCUCGGAUAGCCGGCCGUGCAACGACUACGGAAACUUUCGGCGCGCCUUCCUGUACCCACCCGGUCUGAGCCCGGAGAAGGAAAAGCGGAACGAUGCCCUGCUGAGCAGCCACUUGGUGCCCAUGUACCCAGAAUUCCACAGAAUCUGGGCAUACUUCCAUGGCACGCUGCUCAAAAAAUACGCGUCCACGUACAACGGUGUCAACGUGCUGACAGGCCCCGCCUUUGACCGUGACCACGACGGACACGCAGACCGACUCGAGCUCAUCAAAGAGCGGUCGUCUGACGGCAACGUGUCCGUCCCCACGCAUUACUUCAUCGUGCUGAGCAGCUGCCAGAACACCAGCCGCGACAUCCGGCAAUGUGACGGCCAAAUACACGCAAUCUCUUUCCUACUUCCUCACCGAGCGGACAACUCUGAGAACUGCAAGAGCGCCGAAGAUGAAGCUUCUUGGGUGGAAGACCACAUUUGGUUCCACCAAACACGCGUGAGAGAUGUGGAGUGGAUCACAGGACUGGAUUUGUACCAGGACAGUCUGCGACCAAUCCCCGAGCUGCUGCGACUCAAAACCCGCCCCACUUCGGCCAAUCAAAAGCCAUGA